GCCGCGGGAAGGUAGUGACACGUGUCAAUCAACCCCCCUCCGGGGGGCGCGCGCUCCGGGGCUCGCGCCGAGGGCUCGCGCCCCUGCCUCGUGCCUGCGCCGCUCGUAUGUAAAUGAGGGCGCGUGACGCGGGACGCAGAUGGACAAGGGAAGAGAGAGAAUGGCCGCUGCCGCCGCCGCCGCUGCUGCCGCCGCCGCCGCCGCUCAGUGCCGGAGCCCGCGGUGCGCGGCGGAGAGGAGGGGAUUCCGGCGGGAACUCGACUCCUGGCGCCACCGCCUCAUGCACUGUGUAGGUUUUGAGAGUAUUUUAGAAGGGCUCUAUGGACCACGGCUACGAAGAGACCUCAGUUUAUUUGAAGACUGUGAACCAGAAGAGCUGACUGACUGGUCUAUGGAUGAAAAAUGUUCAUUUUGUAACCUACAGAGAGAAGCAGUCAGUGACUGCCUACCAUCCCUUGACUCCGCGCAGUCUACACCGACGGAGGAGCUUGCAUCUCAGGGCCAGCCCAACGCUGAAAAGAUUGAAUGCCAAGCAGAAAAUUACCUAAACGCACUCUUUCGAAAGAAAGAUCUUCCUCAGAACUGUGAUCCUAACAUUCCCUUAGUUGCUCAGGAAUUAAUGAAAAAGAUGAUACGUCAGUUUGCAAUUGAGUAUAUUUCAAAAAGUGGUAAAAUUCAAGAGAAUAGAAAUGGUUCAAUUGGACCAAGUCUAAUAUGUAAAAGUAUCCAAAUGAAUCAAGCAGAAAACUCUCUUCAGGAAGAGCAGGAAGGCCCCCUAGACCUCACUGUGAAUCGAAUGCAAGAACAAAGUACUCAGCAAGGGGAUGGAGUGUUAGAUCUCUCUACAAAGAAAACCAUCAUUAAAUCUGAAGAGUCAUCCAUAUGUGAUCCUUCUUCUGAAAAUUCAAUGGCUGGUUCAACUGUUGAUGCAAAAUCAGAGGAAGCUACUAAAAUGGAAAAAGGAAAAUCAGCAUUAAGCAAAGUUUUGGAAUCUUUGUGCAUUCAUCACCAGCAACAAAUUUUGACUAUGAUGAAAUUUCUAGUCCAAGAGCAGAAUGCUCCUUCUCUUUGCUGUUAUAAUACUUCAUUUACUGUGACUUCAGAAUCUCAGAAGCCCCCAAUUGAAGAUGAUUUGCCUGAUCUGUUCUGUAAUUGUGAAUAUAGGCUGGCAGAAAGGGGGUGUUUACUAAAUGAAAGACAAAGCCUUGGUUUUGUGCCUCUGCCAGUCUGUAUUAAAGAUUUACAUUGUUUCUCUUGCCAGACAGUAACUGUUGAAAACAUUAAGACCGUUGUAAAGGGAGGAAUUGCAAACAGUUGCGAUUCCCGCAGGUGCUGUUCUGGACUGUUACCAAAUACUCCCUCUACAAAAUCAUCCAUUCAUGCUCCUCUUUUGAGGAGUGAAGUAUGUGAUGUUUCAGUUAGCCUUAAAGAUGUUUGUAGAUCUCGAAGUCCCUCUCCCCCACCAUUAUCACCAGUGCAGACUGAAGGAUUUGAAAAAUUGAAAGAUGGCACCUCAAAACUUUCAGCCUUAGAAAAGAACAGACCUGAAACAAAUAAUCACCAGCCUCCAUCUCUCACGCCAGCAGAAAUAAGCAGUGACAAGUGUGGUCAGGAAGGUAAAGUACGAAGUACAGUCAAAUCCAGUAACUCAGAUUCUUUGCUCUUAGAGGAUCAUAACAAUUAUUCUUCAAACCAGGAAGACGGUGAGACUUCUAUAAUUUUUCAAGAUUUAAUGGAUCGUAUUAAUGAAAAGUUAAAAUCAAUAGAAACUACAGUAGAUCUGGCAAACCAUGUGAAGUUCUCUAGCAGUGAUGGUAAUACAGAUAAUGAUUUAAAGUUGAGAGAUUUAAUAGCCUCUCUCUUGCAUAAUGCACCGGCCAGUGAUUACAGUUUUAUGGAAUUACUAAGUCAACAUGAUAAAAAGGGAGAUGAUAAAAUUAUUCAGACAAGAUUUCGAAAGCGUCAAGAAGCCUUAUUUGCAAUGCACAGCUCUCCUGAUUCGCCCGUGUUUAGAAGGCAGUCUUUACAGAUUAAAAGACAACUUGCUAGUUUUGAUGAGCAUUUUAUAAGAAAAAAAUACACUGAAAAAAAUUCAAGAAAAUUGAUGCACACUGAUAAGGUAUUUUCAACGGACAAUGAGUUCUAUUACUGCCAAGAGCCGCCUUUAAAAUAUUCUAAAAGUGUUCAGAAUAAUCAUUCAGAAACAUCCUUUUCACCAGAUUAUGCAGCGCACUCCUUGCAACCAUCCCUUCCUAGUUUAGAAACUAACUUGGCUUUUAAUGACUUUUCAGAAAGCUUUAAAACAACUUCUGAGAAAGUGGGCAUAGGAAAAUUACAGGGAAAAGCUUCAUCUGGGAAAAUAAGUUUGCAAAAUCAGAGAAAGGAUAAAAAGGUAGAGAAGAUUCAAACCCCUUUAGAAAGGGAUGUUCCUGGAGUUGUGAGCAGAACUAAACGAAAUAUUGUGCCUCCGGGGUGGUAUUCUAUAUAUGUGACAAAUAAUUGUGAUGUGAAGAAGUCUAAGGCCAAAAAUGUUACUGAGUUUACAGAAAGGAAAGAUGUAGUAAGAAACACUCAUAUUGAAAGCUCACAUAAUGUAGAGCUAAACAAAAUUGCAUUGAGUUCUAAUUUGCAAGUUAUUGUGGAGCGAUUGGAAGAUACAGUAAAUAUGGGCAAAAAGUCUUGGAAUAUUCAUUCAUUAUCACAAGUUUAUAAAACAUCCAAGAAAUUGGCAGAAAUUGAUAAAGAUCAAAAUACUAGUAGAAAUGAAAAUCUUACUGUGGGUAGAAUGACAUUCAAAGUGCAGAAUUUAUCAAAAUCUGUUAAUAUCAAGAGCAGUGAUACACCUUCAAUACAUUUUAAUAAUGAAAGAUUUGACAAUGUGAAAAAGCCAUCUAUCUUAGAUAAAGAUAGCUUAAUUCCUAGUGUUAAAAAUAUACCAGCAAAGUAUGGCGCCAAUGAAAGCUCUUUUCCCAGUUAUUCUAGUCCUGUCAAACUCAUGUUCUUAUCUGAAGUUAAAAGCUGUGAAGGAAUCAAAUAUACCUUAAGUUCAGUUAGUACUUCUGAAUCAAAUAUUGAUUUUCAUACUGAAAAACAUUCACCCCAUCAUGUAAUCGAAAAAGAAGAGGAAAUGAAUGAGGAUAUUUUAAAUGCUAACUUUAAAAAUUGCAGUUCUAACCUAAGUGUCACUCUUCAAAGAGGACACAAUUUUAACAGUACAGAACAAACUGUAGAAUCCUCUGAAGUGUUUAUAGAUAAGAGUAGUGAUAAGCCACAAGAAGAGCCUAAGGAAAAUUCAAACAGUGCUACUGAUUCAUCUUUUAAAAGAAAACCAGGUAGACCUAAAAAAUUAGGUCCCAAGAUCAUGAACCCAUUUAAGAGACCAGUUGGAAGACCGCCAAAACCUCAACCUGAUCAAAGAGACAUUACCAUUUACCAAAAUGAGUCUAUCAGUGCUGGCCAGAAAAGUCCCAAAUGUCUUAUAUCCAAAGUAGAAGAAAGUAUUUAUAAAAAGAGUAUUACAGUAACUGUUAUUUAUGGGAGAUCAAGAAGAACAAAACGGCAGGUUUCAGAAGGAAAUGUCACCCUAAGCAAGAUAAUGUCUUUGAACAAUAAUGCCGAGUUUCUAGCUGAAAACAAUAGCUGCCGGAAUAUUAGAGAAUAUGAAAUUGACUCAGGUGAAAGAAUCAGUGCGAUUUCAAGUUUGACUCCUGACUUUGAGGUCUUAGGAUCCGACUUUUACUCCAUUGGACCUGCUAAGAACACAUCUUUACUACCUCAGCCCUCCAAGAAACUCACUUGGCCAAAUCAGAAGCCUUUGGCCAUAAUUAGGAAGCCUGGUAGACCUGCAAAAGUCAAAAUUUCUGGCAUAUCUGUGACUAUUAAUAGAACUUCACCUCAGGAAAGAGAAGUAACUAUUAACAACUACUUAUCUCCUUACCAACAAGAUAAUAUAUUAGAAAAAAAUCUACUUGAAGAAAAGUAUGAUCAUGAGCAGUGCCGUAAGAUGGAAAUAAGACACACUGAAACUGAAAUAUUUAAUAAUCUGCCAGAAAGUAUGGUUGCUACGAGGCCUUUGAGGCAAUCUAAGAGGGGUAGAAAGCCAUCUGUGCAUUUCUUACAUUCAUUCACAUCGUCUAACUCACUUAUAUACAGAAAUAAUAUGCUCCAUAAGUCAUACAAACUCCAUGUGCAGAAAGGUACAAGUCAGAGAGAUAAACAUAGGCAGUUAAGUAUAAAAACAGUUCCAAAGGUUUCUCCAGGAGCUAGAAAUUCAAGAAAUAGAAAAAAGUGUUUGGAAAAUAACUGGUUAAUACCCAGUUCUAAAGUCUCCUUGGACUCUAUAAUUUCACCAGAUCCUUUGCUCAGGUGGUGGGCCACUUCUACUUCAGAUGAUUCUUUAUUAGAGGAGUUAAAUAAUAGAUUUGAACAGAUAACAAGUGCUUGGGUACAAGUUAGUGGGAAUGAAGCUGAAAAUUGUUUUCAUAAAAAAAGAGAACACACUGAAAAGGAUAACCUUAAAAUAACUAAUCCUUUGGAAACCUGUCCCUUAGGACUUGAAGCUACCCCUGUAAAAAUGCUUUUUCGGAAAAAGUAUGAUUUGAGUGAACUUUGUACCUGGUUUAUGCAAACGACAGAAACACAGUCUCUCUCACUAGUCAGAAAAGCAAAUGCUAGAAACCCUUUGGAAGUAAUAAGUACCAGAGGAGUCAAAUUAGGAGCCAAAUAUUCUGAUUUUAGUACUAACCCCUUCAAAAAGCACUUAAAGAAAUUUGCACUAUCUUCCCCUUCAAAAUCAUCAGGGAAGUUGCAUGUACUUCAUAAGAUGGUUAGCUCUCCAGGCUUAAAUGUGAAAAGUAAUUUAACACUGGCUAGAUAUCAAAGGACUGAGUUGAAGAGGUUAACCCAGGCAAAGUGGAGAAGAGAGGGAGAAUUUAGGCAUGGCACCACGGAUUGGAUCUCUAAAAGGAGGAAUUUAAGAUCUUUCUGCCAGAACAAAAUUUUAAAUAGGACAGGGGAGCCAACAGAUGCUGACAUCCCAUUCCAAAGAAAAGAUAAAGGCGAUAAUUCACUUUUUUUCCCUUCUGAGAUCAGGGAUGACUUUUUGCAGCCGAGGGUGGCAGUGUCUGACCUCAGAGUACAUGCUAGUUUAGAGAAUAAAGUUGAGUCAAAAGCAAAGGAGAAUGGAACAGAUGCCAGUGGAAAAGAUGUUGAAAGGGAGCCCAGACUAGGAAGUGCAUGUCCAAAUAAUUGGAGGUCAAAAACCUUAAAAGAUUGUAAAAUCUUUUUGAGGAAGAUCAACUAUCUUGAACACAGAAACACUUUUAAGCUUAAUACGGUGGUUUACUCUCCCGAAUCUCCUGGCAGUGGGAGCAGUCAUCAGCCUGAUGUAGAAGCGUUAGAACGCUUUACCUUAAGAUCCCAGGCUGCUAGUCAGAGUCCUCUUAAAAGACCAUCUAAAGAAAUUAAAAAUAUUAGCGCAAGUAGUCCUUCAACCAAUAAAUGUACUGAUCAACUUGAAAAUUAUAAAUCAAGUAAGUGUGCUGACUCUGAUAACAGCCCUUUCGCUAGUUCUGAAACACUUAGCAAAUUGAACCAAAGAAAAAGGCCACCAUGGAAGACCACAGAAAUGCCAACAAAAAGACAUAAACGGCAGUCUUGCAACAGUGGACAGAGGGCAAAUUACUAUUCAAAAUCCCAGCUAGGUAAGUUUUUCUCUACGUAAUCUUAAAGUUUCAUUGUAGGUGCCAUGAGUAUAGUAUGAGGAAAUUUUUUUGUUGUUUUAUUCUGUUUAAAAGUAAUGAAUUUGAUUUUCAUUUAAUUCCAAAUUCUUUUAACAAACUUAUUUCUUGGCACCUAAUAUGAAACUUAUUAAAUUAGAGGCUGCUUAACAUGCCAGUGCACUUCCCCACAACUUGAUGUGUCCAGGAUUUUAAGCAAAAUAAAAUAAAGUAUAUUUGUUGUGGAGACAUAAAAUUUCCUAAACGUACCACUAACGUAGAAUGGUGCAGCUUGCUCUUUCUUUUGACAUAUUUAAUCUAAAAUACAGAAAGUUUGGCAGAUAAAUAGGCCUAAGCAACUAUCUGAAAAUUAACUACUGCACUCAUGAGUACAUUGUAUUAACUCAAUAAAUUAAUAUGUUCCAGAAGGUGUGGAAAAGACACUAUGUAUGAUACUACCUGGGAAAGUUACAGUAUCAACUGCCAAAUUGAUACUCCUAAAAUAGUAUAUAACAAUCUUAGGAUAUCAACCCCACAUCCACCAUCAGGUAGUUCUGUCCAUUGGUGCCGCUUUGAGAACCAUUUUAAAACUGCUGGUUUUAAAGAGGGUCAAGAAGCAAUUUUUUUUUUCAACUGAGCAAACAUAGGAUUUUUUCAUAUCAGACAUUGAACUGAUAGGAACAUAUAUCAGCAGAAAGAAGAGUGUUUCAGUAGGUAAUCCAUAGCUUGAAAGGGAAAAACUUUAAGGGAAAGCUAAGUUGAGAAUGCAAACCGAAAUUACUUUAGCAAGAAAGUAUUUGUCCCACUCAGUGGUAUUGAUCAACCUUGUGCCUCCAGGAGACCAUUACCCGUAGGACCUAGCGGAGAUAAAAUAUAUACUCUUUAGCUGCCAACAUACUAGCUAAAUUAGCUCCGAUGGGUACUAGACAAUGAGGCACAUUUAGAAGUGUGAGAGUGUUUAGUGAUUACUUCCCUAACAUGAAGAAGUAUCAAGUUAUGUUGGAAAUUUAAAGAUAUCUAUCACAGGUUGCAUCAUUGUAUAUUUUAGGUAAGUUGGUGUGGGGGUUGGGAGGCAUUUAUCAUUGUAUUUUGCUAAAAUUUUAAAUAUUUCUUAAGUUAUAUAGUGUCAGAUUUUUAGAUAAUAAGGUCAUUAAACUCUAAUUUAAGAACGUACUAUUAAGUAGCCAGGUUAUAAUGCCCACCAGCUUUAAUUAUUUAACUGAAUAAUUUUUUUAAUAUCCUGAAUUUUCAAUAAUAAUAUGAACUGGAUAAAACUUUUAAUUAACAUACAAGAGUUAAAAAUUUUAAACAAGGUUAAUGUAAAGUCUCCAUAAUGAAAGAUGAAUCACAUAGUGAUUCAAUAAAAUUUUACAAAAAUAGAAAGAUGAACCAAAUUUUAAAAUAAUGCCCUUUGUUUCUUGCCUUCGAGAAAAGUAAAAAUUACAUAACAAAUAGUGUGUCAGGUAGAAGGAUAAAGAGACCUAAACUUUAUCAUUCACCUAACUGUAUACGUGCAUAUUUUUUAAUGUACUGUCGUGAAUGGAGAACAAAAUGUACUUCAUUUUUAAUUAUACGUCUUCAUUUCAUAUUGUUAGAAUUUACCAAAGCUGUCUGCAUUAAUCUAUUUUACAACAGAUCCAUGUUUGUCCUUCCAGCUUCUUAACAAUUGUAUAUUUCUAAGAUAAAAAUUUUAAUUUCAUAUAAUUUUUUAUUAUACUAAAUAUGAGAUAAUUCUAGAAAAAUAAGGUGGACAAAGCCUAAUAUUUAAAUUAAUUUUUAAAAUCUUAGAUUAAAACAAAUUUUGGUAUCAUAGUAAAAGUUGUUUCACCUGUUAAAUUAUUAGUACAAUUUACUGUUCUGCUUAAAGUUUUAUUAUCUUUUACUGAUAACUUUCCUUCCUUAUUUUUUAACCUUUUUUAAUCUAUCAGUUAGAAUAUUAUUUUUAUAAAAGUUGUAUUUAAAAAAUAUUUGUUAUAUUUAUGUGUUUUUUUUAAUGUUUCUUAAG